AUGAGUGAAAAAAAGAAAGUUUUAAUGCUACAUGGUUUUGUCCAAUCUGAUAAGAUAUUUUCUGCUAAAACAGGAGGAUUACGAAAGAACUUGAUGAAGUUAGGCUACGAUUUAUACUACCCUUGCGCUCCACAUUCAAUUGAUAAGAAGGCACUAUUUCAAUCAGAGGCUGAAAAAGGCAGAGAUGCAGCAAAGGAAUUCAACACCUCAGCGACCAGUAAUGAAGUAUAUGGGUGGUUCUUUAGAAAUCCUGAUUCUUUCACUUCCUUUGAAAUAGAUCAAAAAGUGUUCCACUAUUUGCAUAACUAUGUGCUAGAAAAUGGACCAUUUGAUGGCGUCAUCGGCUUCAGCCAAGGUGCGGGUCUCGGUGGCUACUUAGUCACCGACUUCAAUAGAAUAUUGAAUCUUACUGACGAACAACAACCCGCUUUAAAAUUUUUCAUUUCUUUUAGUGGAUUUAAAUUAGAAGAUAAAGCCUACCAGGAAGAAUAUCAUAGAAUCAUUCAGGUUCCCUCCUUACAUGUAAGAGGGGAGUUGGAUGCGGUUGUGGCAGAAUCUAGAAUGAUGGCAUUAUACGAUGCAUGGCCCGAUAACAAAAGGGCAUUGUUGGUUCACCCUGGAGCCCAUUUUGUCCCAAACUCGAAACCAUUUGUAUCUCAAGUUUGCAAUUGGAUUCAAGGAACAUCUAACAAUGAGGCUCAAGAACAAGAAGACCAAUCCGAAGCAGAACAGACACAAUUUGACAAGCCCCAAUUGGAAGAUGAUUUGUUGGAUAUGAUCGAUUCCUUGGGCAAGUUAUAA